GGGGAGACAGGGCCACAGCUCACGGCCCCUCUCAUGUUUUGAUGUGGCGUUGAUGUUUUGAUGUGGGAAACUUUUGUUGAGUGGAUUUUGAAUCGCUGUCAGUCAAUGGAUACGUUAGUGAGGCUGUAGGUAUAACUUUUUGUUGGAUGUUCACGUGGACACUGUGCCUUCUGUGGGACGAUGGCACAGGCAGCCUCCGUCAUUCCGCUUGUUGCUUUUGUCCUGGAAAUGUGUUCGGUCACCGCCAUAGAACUGCGGUUUAUGCCGGAUCCACCAACGUUGAACAUCUACGGCAUCCACAGGAUGAACAAAUCUGACAACGUGGAAUUCAUUUGCAGAGGUCGCCAACACCUGAUUUGGACGACCCCUCCUACAAGUCGACGAUUCUUCACCAGUGACUGUAGUGGAUCAGGGUUCUUCUGCAUAACACUGCACAUCGCCAAUGCAACUGUCAAUGAAACUGGACAGUAUCAGUGCUCGUACCAAGACCAUAGAGCUGAAGAUGGCAAGACAGCAGUGGCUGCUUACGUGUUUGUUCAUGACUACAAAGUGCCGUUUGUGCCAUCUGAGAAGGAACUUGAUGUGGUGUUUAUCCGUGAAGGAGAGCGAGUGGUGAUACCAUGUCGAGGUUCACUGGAGAAUCUCAAUGUGACGCUUCACAGUUAUGCAAAGGAGUUUUAUCCUGACGGGAAGGAUUCUCUGUGGGAUGCUAAGACAGGGUUCACCAUCCCCAGUCAUCUGAUCAGCUACGUCGGUGUCGUGCUCUGUCAGACUCGUAUAGGCAAUGAGGUGUUCAAGUCCCCUUUGUACAUUCUUGCUGUUGUAGGAUACAAGAUCUAUAACCUCACCCUGACUCCCACUGAUGUAAGGCUGUCUGUGGGGGAACGGCUGGUGCUUAGCUGCACUGCAACCACUGAGCUCAAUGUUGGCCUUGGAUUCAACUGGACACACUCUGGUCAGGCUUUGAGCUCAGUGAAUGGAUCAGGGAUGUCCACAGUUUCGCACAAAAAGAGACUGUUUAACACUUUGGAAUUGUCCAGCACCCUCAUAGUGGAAAACUUGACAGUGAAUCACACAGGAGAAUACACCUGCACUGCAUUCAGUGGGAAGAUGGACAAAACAACCUCAGUCUUUCUUACAGUUUAUGAAAAACCUUUUAUUGAAGUGAUGGAGCCAUGGAUGUCAGUUUUGGAGGUCAAUGUUGGCAAUCCAACAUCUAAUACUGUGAUUCCUGUGAAGUUCUCAGCCUACCCCGAGCCCUCUUUUAAAUGGUUAAAAAAUGGCCAACCACUGAAGGACGACUACAGAAUAAAGCAGAGAAGUGAUGCUCUCAUAAUCCGUGAAGUCAAGGAAGAUGAUGCAGGGAAUUACACAAUGAUCCUGACCAAUAAGAUUACAAAAGAGGAACAGAGACGCUCUGUGCAACUCAUGGUCUAUGUUCCUCCCUGUAUCAUAGAGAAAGAGGUGGCUGUCGGUACUGAUGUAUUCACAUAUGGCAGCAGUCCCACCUUAAGGUGCACGGCCCGUGGAAUCCCCAUUCCUGAUCGCAUCCAAUGGGAGUGGAUAUCCAGAGAUGACUGUCCAGAUGCCUUCAAGCCAGGGCUGAUGAAGUCUGAGGUCCAGCUGGAGAAGUGUACAGGGUGGAGAGACAUCAGCAACAGCACGCGUCAGAAUCCCGUUGAAAAAAUAAUCACUGAUACUGAUCAUGCACACAUGAAAAUUAUGAGCUCUUUGAGGAUUCAGAAAGCUGAGGACCAUGCACUGUACAGAUGCUCAGCUGGAAACAAAGCAGGAGAGGAUUCGCGAGUCAUCUUUUUCCAUGUGACACGUGGCCUUGAGUUGAGUGUGUCACCAUCGACUGAUUCUUUGGAGGGGGACCAUGUGGCUCUGCGCUGUAAGGCAGACAGGCUGAUGUAUGAUAAUCUGGCCUGGUUCCGUGUGAACAACAUCUCCGUAUCACAGCCGGUCAUGGCGAUGCAGCCCUGUCGGUACCUGUCGUUGCCACGGUGGCCCUUACCGCAGGCCGUGCUAUCUGGCAUGCAGGGCACCAACAUGACGCUUGAGCUGCUGCUGCCAAACGCAUCCCGCCGGGAUGAAGGCGUUUAUGCCUGUAAGGUGGAAAAUGUCAAAACUAAGGAGCAGACCUGCCUGUUACAUCGUCUUCUUCUUAAAGGUCUUGAGGCUGCAAGAAUCCUGAAUAAUUUAACAGACCUAAGAGUUAACAUGAGCACUACAGUCUCUCUCAUCUGCGAUGUUACUGGCACACCCAGCCCAAAGGUGGUUUGGACCAAAGACAAUCACACAUUGGUGGAGGGUUCAGGUGUGAUUCUGAGCCACGUCAACCGUAUUUUGACAAUUCAACGUGUGAAGAAGGAAGACAGCGGUCUGUACACAUGCACAGCGUGUAACAGCUGGGGCUGUGACUCAACACAUGCCUUUUUGACAACUGAAGGUGCCGAGGAGAAGACUAAUGUGGAGCUGAUAGUUCCAAUUGGGUCGGUGGUCAUUGCCAUGUUUUUUUGGUUGCUGAUCGUCUUUGUCAUCCGUGGAAGAAAGAGACCAAAUGGUGGUGAUCUGAAGACGGGUUACCUGUCCAUGAUCCUGGACUCAGAGGACAUGCCCAUGGACGAGCAGUGUGAAAGGCUUACAUAUGAUGCCAACAAGUGGGAAUUCCCUCGAGAGAGGCUGAAGCUUGGUGAGCCACUGGGGCGAGGAGCCUUUGGUCAGGUGGUAGAAGCAGCUGCCUUCGGAAUUGAGAAAGCCACCACGUGCACAACUGUUGCAGUCAAGAUGCUUAAAGAGGGAGCAACGUCCAGUGAAUACCGCGCCCUGAUGUCAGAGCUGAAAAUUCUCAUCCACAUUGGUCAUCAUCUCAAUGUCGUCAACCUGCUGGGCGCAUGCACUAAACCUGGUGGGUCGCUCAUGGUGAUUGUAGAGUACUGUAAAUAUGGAAACCUCUCCAGCUACCUGAAGAGCAAACGUGGAGAGUACAGUCCCUUCAAGAGGAAGCGCAUCAACAGCCACCACUGGGUUUCUGUUGUGGAAGAUGUGACUGAAGCGGAUCUGGAUCUGGCACUGAUUGCCCAGCUGGACAUCUGUGCAGGGUCGGCUAUUUGCUCCAGGGCCGGAAUUGACACUUCAGUCAACAAUAUGGAACACGAAGAAACCUCAGAAGAAGACCAUCUGACAAUGGAGGACCUUAUCAGUUACAGCUUCCAGGUGGCCAAAGGCAUGGACUUUCUGUCCUCUCGUAAGUGUAUUCACAGAGAUCUUGCAGCCAGAAACAUCUUGCUUUCAGUGAACAAUGUGGUAAAAAUCUGUGACUUUGGCCUGGCUAGAGAUGUCUACAAAGACCCAGACUAUGUCCGCAAGGGUGAUGCACGUCUUCCACUAAAAUGGAUGGCCCCUGAGACCAUCUUUGAUCGGGUGUACACUACACAAAGUGAUGUUUGGUCCUUUGGGGUUCUUCUCUGGGAAAUCUUUUCCCUCGGAGCUUCUCCCUAUCCAGGAAUUUGCAUUGAUGAGUCUUUCUGCAGGAGGCUCAAGGAAGGCACCAGGAUGAGAGCCCCAGAAUAUGCUACCAAUGAGAUUUACCAGACCAUGUUGGACUGCUGGCUGGAUCGGCCCACAGACAGGCCAACAUUUAUAGAGCUGGUUGAACAUCUGGGAAACCUCCUACAGGCAAGCGCUAAACAGGAUGGGAAGGAUUACAUUCCUGUGACAGCAGGCAAGGCAGAAAGCUCACCAGUGACCUUUGACCCCAGGAGCCCCUACAGCAGGCCACAGUGCACAGAAAUCCUGGGAGCUCAGCUUCACUAUGAUGACGCAUCGUCCCUUGGACUCUCCACACAGAGUGAAAGGUGCAGUCUGCCUCUCAGCGUGAACACCUUUGUGCACAGCAGCAUCACGGGGGGUCACACAGACAUGGAGUUGUAUCCGCAGGAGAUGAAGGGUUUGGUCCACCAGCUGCCAAUCACGCCCAACUUCAGUCACCUGCAGCGCUGUAAGAGCAAGGAAUCUCUGGCAUCGGAGUCGUCCAAUCAGACAAGCGGAUAUCAGUCAGGAUACCACUCUGACGACACAGACACCCCGGUAUACGCUAACGAGGAGGCCAUCAUGAAGCACAGCAUGCUGAAGAAACCUCCGUUAGUCAAGACGGCUGACAAGUUCAGCGCUGAGAUCCGCUACAGUGCGCCGCCCGUCUGACCCAGCGUUUCUCCUGUAAACCCCCGACCCAUGUCUUUUUGCUGUACAUAACGCUCCACACAAUAGAGCUUUGUCCGUCGUGGUGUUGAGGUAUUUUUAUAAGAGAUAACUUAAUAAUUCUGUUUGGAAAUUGACUGGAAUGCUAUCACGUUUACAGAGCAAGAGGAAAGCCUGAGGAGCCCAGAUAUGAGGACACGCCUCCUUCCUGACACCAAAUCUACCCACUGCCUCUAUUGCAGGAAACGGGCAUGUGGAAUUUAGGGAUACAUGAAUCAGCCAUGGCUUUCUUUCUUUUUGCUUUUUUGCCCUACUUGUAGCACACUAAAGUCAGAACCAAAGCUGUUCCCAGAACACGUGUCUUAAACUGCAUUUGUACAGUUUCAUUAUUCAUAUUUUAAAUGUUUAUCGCAUAAACGUAAAAUAUAUGUAACAAAUUUUAUAAAAUAAAAUGUUCAUAGAUAAAUUUUGA